CCUAUUCCCUCUCCUCCCUCGGCUUAUCCUCAGGUACGCAGCCGUACCCUCCUCUCUUCUCCUCUCUUCUAUAACUUGGUUUCUUUGGUGCGAAGGGGGCUUACAGAGGCCCGAAACCCCGGCGGGAUUUGGUAGGCGACUGGGUCUCCAACAACGAUGGGUUCGUCCGGAGCUUGCCCAUCUUCGUGGGCGGCCUCUCCUUGCUCGCUGUCCUCCUUAACCGCGCCUUCUCCGGCAUCGCCCCCGAGUUCUUGAACGACGACGGCGACGAGAAUUCUCCAUAAUAUCUGUCUACUUUCUUCUUCGAUCAACCUUAUCUGUUACCAAUUGAGUGAUCAAAGAUAAUUCUCCAUAAUAUCUGGUUCUAUCUCUCAAGAUACCAAGUCUCAUGAUUGAUUUCUUUAUUCUUUUUAUCAGGUGCUAUCUGUGGCUGUGUACAACCACUAUAAAAGAAUCUAUCAUGCAUCUUUACAGAAAGUAUCUGGAGCUGAUUCAGGGAAUUUUGAGGCUGAAAAUGAUGAUGAUAAUGUAGAGUUAGAGAAAAGCAAUGUGCUCUUGAUGGGCCUUACUGGCUCAGGAAAGACAUUACUUGCAAAAACAUUAGCUCGCUUUGUGAAUGUGCCGUUUGUUAUUGCAGAUGCAACAACACUGACACAGGUAAGUGCGCUACUGUUCUUUUAGUUCCCUACUAUGUUGAAAAUAAAAAUUAUAUAUUCUUUUCUUAGUAUGUCCUAUGAUCCAAGUAUCUUUACUGUUGCGAUUUCCUAGCUUUUCAGAUCUAAUACUUCUUUUUUCUUACAGCAUAUAUUUAUGAUUCAACAGCUAGCCAUGACCUACUUGAUAGCUUUUCUUUUGUUUUGCUUCUUCUGUUCAAUUUCUUUUUGAUAAUAGGAAAGGGGACCAAGAGUUGAGAAAAGUAAUGGGAGAAACAGCCAGAUGACAUACCGGGGGGAACCACCUCUCAAGCUUUAAACAUGAUGCCUCACCCAAAUGAAGAGAAAAAGUUUGUGCUCCCUCCAGAGAGCCAUGAUUGGGUGCUAAAGUCCCUCAACCGCAAAUGAAAAGAAUAUAAGUCGAAGUUGAAGGCCGACUGGAAGCGUGAGGGUAUGACAGAGGAGGAGGUUGCUCGUGUUUGUCCUCCUGAUGUAUACCAUCAUCAGUGGAGGGAGCUUGUUCACUAUUGGUUUUUCGAGAGAGGACAGACAUAUUCUGACAUUGGUCGAGCCGCACGAGCAUCUCAGACAAUUCCUCACACUUCAGGCUCGAAGAGUUAUGCGAGGCUCAGAGCUGAAUUCAUGGAAGACCAUGGGAGGAAACCUGGUGAGGUGGAGUUCUAUAAGAUGACUCACACCCACCGAGAUGGCAGCUUUGUCCGAGAGGAGUCGAGAGAUAUAGUUGACAGAGCUACAUCCCUUAUUUCAGAGCGUAUCGGAGAGUCAUCUUCAAUCGGCAACACCAGAGGUGUCGAAGCUCAGGUGUUUACCGAGCUGAUGGGCUCGGAGCGUUAUGGUCGAGUGAGGGGUUAUGGCGUUGGAGUUACCCCCACUCAGUUGUCUGCAGUGGGUAGAUAUACUCAAGAUGUUAGACAGAGUAGUAGCACUGCAGAGGUUAAUGAUCUGAAGGCAGAGAUAAAAGAGUUGAAGCAGAGCCACCAGACAGAGAUGCAAUCUUUGAGGGCUCAGAUUAAUCAGAUUACAUCUUUGUUGCAUCAGUUUGUCUCUCCUCAGGUUCCUGAUAGUUCAUCUGCACGUAGAGAUGGUGAUGCUAGCGACCCCUGAAGCAUUUAUUUUGGAGUUUAUAUGUAUUUUUUUAUGCUUUUUGAAGUACAUUGUAAACGUAAAUUGAUAGUAUGAAUGUAAUUUGACAAUAUGAAUGUUUAGAUAAAUAUGUUUGAUUUUGUGUAUA